CCCGUUUGUUCAGCUUUGCUUUAUUUAUUCAUCGCCUUCUCGUCAAUCAAUCCUUUGCCCUCUUUCGUUCUCCGCGCGAUCAUCGCUCUCUUCUUCUCUUCGAUUCGAUCUUGGUGGAGGCUGUGAAGGAUCCGUCGAAGAGUAGGAGAGUUUGUUCUCGGCCAUUAGAUCCAUCGAUCUCUCGCCAUGAAUCCUGAAUAUGACUAUUUGUUCAAACUUUUGCUGAUUGGAGAUUCUGGUGUUGGCAAGUCAUGCCUCCUGCUGAGAUUUGCUGAUGACUCGUAUCUUGAUAGUUACAUCAGCACAAUUGGAGUCGAUUUUAAAAUUCGUACUGUGGAACAGGAUGGGAAGACCAUUAAACUUCAAAUUUGGGAUACAGCUGGGCAAGAACGAUUCAGAACAAUAACCAGCAGCUACUACCGUGGUGCUCAUGGAAUCAUUGUUGUCUAUGAUGUGACUGAUCAGGAGAGUUUUAACAACGUCAAACAAUGGUUGAGCGAGAUUGACCGUUAUGCAAGUGAAAAUGUCAACAAACUUCUGGUUGGAAACAAAUGUGACCUGACAGCAAACAAAGUUGUGUCUUAUGAGACUGCUAAGGCUUUUGCGGAUGAAAUUGGAAUCCCAUUCAUGGAAACAAGUGCAAAGAAUGCAACUAAUGUGGAGCAGGCCUUCAUGGCAAUGGCUGCCUCAAUCAAGACCAGGAUGGCAAGCCAACCAGCUGCCAACAACGCAAGGCCCCCGACAGUCCAAAUCCGUGGGCAACCCGUGAACCAGAACUCAUCAUGCUGCUCUUCUUAAGCAGCCUUUUAACCGUGUGCUGGACAUGGCAUGUAAAACUUAGAUCUCCUUACUACUAAAGACUGCAUCUCAUCUGGAUUUGUUCAGGUUAUUUAUGUUAAUACUGCUGGGCUUUAUUUCUGAUUCUUUCUUGCUAUGCGCUCACAAGCCUGUACAAAAAUGGAAAUUAGUUAAUGUUAUCAUUCUGUAAUUUCUACUGCAACUUAUUAGCAUUUGUGGGUUGUUUCUUAAAGUAUGGUCAAACAGGAUGGAUGGAUGGAUGGAUAGAUGGACCAUCUUAAAUUUCAUUGCUUAUGCAACUGUGUAUUAAUUCU